URUAAAGCAUCUCAGGCCGGAAUAUGCGGUCAAAGCUCUGAAUAUUCCUUCAUUUUAACUCGUAAAUAUACAAUGUUUGCCUUCGAUGGACAGUUUAAGAGUCGCCCUACUGUUUCUCUUGGAGGAGCAAGUAAAAAAGAAGCAAGAUCAGCUCUACUACAGAGGACACAAAUAGAACGAAAAGACCGAGAAGAUCAUAAGAGAAGAAUCCAUAGCGCUAUUAUCAUUCAAGCAUUUAUGCGGGCAGAAUGGGUCCGUCGAAAGCAGUAUUGUCUUCAGAGGGAAGCUUUCGAUGUUUGUUGUCAAAGUGUACAGAAUUCCAAGUCUGACAUYGAUGYRCAACAGCUAUCUUUGCUGAACAGGAGACUUAUUUUCUUCUACUCCAAUAAGAAAGACUCCCAAAGACUGAUUUGGGUAUGCCAGACUAUGUUAAAACAAUGCAAAACUAUGAAACCUGACCUGUCAUGUGAUCAACCAAGGAGAAACACAUGGGUCUAUCAGGUCAAGAAUCUUCUGCUACUUUGCUGCAGGUCCUUAGGAAGUUCAGUCCAUGACUCGAGUCCCAUUGCUGUACAAUUAAGAAUGCUAGAAGUGUUCUYAUCUCCUGAGGUGCACAUCAAUAAGGAUGAUGCAGUUAAAGUUACUYUGUUCUUGGUUAAAAAUAAAUAUUUUAAAUACUUGAGAUCUUUGAUUAAUGAUCGUGUGCCAUCAAGUCUGGAAGUAUCAUUCGUACCUCCAACUCCGCUUGCUGGUGCUCUGGUUGAACUUAUCCUAAGACCUGUCAGAUUAGUUUGUAAUAAAGAUGUAGAUAUUAAUAAUGGAAGACAUGAUGUUUUAUCAGCAUUGACUAUAGACCUUCUAAGCCCUGAAAUGACCAAACAGUUUACAUGCUUUCUACUUCCUGUCCUUGCUUCACAAAAAUCACAAUUACCAUUUGCCUAUUUGGUACAAUCAAUCUUAAYGAUGUACAAGUCAUGGGAUGAUAGAGUCAGAACCUCACCUUGGUUGUUAUAUGCUGUUUUGGUGCUAGCAGAGGGUCAUUUGGGUAAGUUGCAGUCACAGCCUGGGGUGGGGAGGGCUUCCUGCCCUGAUGACAGCGAUGGUGAUUCCGAUUCAGACAUGGAGGUUGAAUAUAAUCAGGACGAUAAACUCGAUCAACUGCGUGAUGAGUGCUUAAAGAUUCUAGACUCCAAGGAACACGUGAAAAGUCUUGAAUCACUAGUUACUGUAAAUAUCAACAAAACAAACCCUAUCGAAAGACAACAUGACCUUAUACUUGCGAUGUGUAGAGUUUGUCACCACUUAAUGACAGAAAAUAGAAUGCAAGUACACAAAACCAGAUUACUGUACACUCUAGCUCUCAACCCUGUUUUCAUUCAUCAACUGUGGAUUCACAUUUUGAAUAAGACAAUUACUACAGGGACUGGGAAAGAAAUCCCCAUCUUGCAACUUAUUCAUCAAGGACAAAACCUAACUACAACAGAGGCCAGUCAUAUUGUACCCAUGUUGUCACUGUUUUGUGCGUUGUUCAGUCAUUCUCUGUUUUCUGUUGGCGACAAGGAGUUCUUUGGGGAACAAAAAGAAAAAUCUAUAAUGCCAUUCAAAAUACAAGAGCUCAUUCCCAUGACAUCGGUGUUGUGUGACACAACUAUUGGGAUUAUCAAAAUAAUCUAUCCCGAUAGCAGUCACACAAUCCUCACAGGAGAUCACUAUGUGACGGCGAUGAAAAGUGUUGGUGUUCGCUCUGUGCUUGUCAAGUCAGAGGAGCUUUAUCCACAAAGAAAAUGGAUUCUUCUCCUGAGAAUGAGAAUUGACGGGUUCAUGGACGACGAGGGAACCACAGAGGGUGUAAUACAGCUGGGAAUGUCAGCCAUGACAACAAGACAAAUGUCUAUUCUUCAACACAUACCUUUUGUUGUACCGUUCAGGGAUAGAGUCAUGCUUCUACAACGUAUUAUCAACAAAGAUCGAAACUACGCCCAAGGAGAAUUGCAAAAUUUCAUGAUGGGUCCAUCGAUUGACAUCACCAUUCAUAGGAAGUACUUGUAUCAAGACGCCUUCGAUGCUCUCAGCGAAGAACGAGCACCAAAUCUAAAGCAAAGAGUUCGCGUCAGACUUAUAAACGACCAGGGACUUGAAGAAGCCGGUAUCGACGGCGGUGGCCUGUUCAGGGAAUUUCUCAACGAGCUGCUUAAGGCAGGGUUCGAUCCAAACAUUGGAUUUUUCAAAACAACAAAUGAACGGCUGCUUUAUCCAAAUCCGAAUGCAAAGUACUGUGCUUCGAAUUACCUCCAACACUUCCAGUUUCUAGGACGCAUGCUUGGAAAGGCUCUUUACGAGAACAUGUUGGUAGAGCUUCCCUUUGCUGGUUUCUUUCUUUGUAAGCUUCUUGGUCGACAUGGCACAGACGUGGAUAUACACAAUYUAGAGUCAUUGGACCCUGAAGUUUACAGAAAUUUACUUUUUCUUAAAACAUACGAGGGCAACAUUGAAGACCUCGCGUUAAACUUCACCGUUGUGAACAACGAAUUCGGAGAAACACAGGUAGUUGAGCUGCUUCCGAAUGGUAAAGACAUCGCUGUAACAAACAGCAAUAGAAUACUGUACAUACACCUUGUAGCCGACUAUCGGUUAAAUAGACAGAUUCACAGCUAUUGUCAAGUCUUUCGAGCUGGUCUCGCGGGCGUUAUUGACUUGGACUGGCUGCGUAUGUUCGACCACCAAGAGAUUCAGGUUCUCAUCUCUGGUGCGCAAGUCCCCGUCGAUGUAGAGGAUUUAAAGCGAAACACAAAUUACUCAGGCGGAUUUAAUGAAGACCAUCCUUGCAUACAAUCGUUUUGGCGCGCUGUCGAGAGCUUCGACGACACGCAAAAGAGACAACUAUUAAAAUUCGUAACGAGUUGCUCACGACCACCAUUGUUAGGAUUCAAGGACUUGUACCCAGCCUUUUGCGUCCACAGUGCUGGACAAGAAGACAGGCUUCCCACAGCAAGUACUUGCAUGAAUCUCCUAAAAUUACCCGAGUUUCCCGACGAUGACACCAUGAGAGAAAAGCUUCUGUACGCUGUUGAAUCAGGGGCAGGAUUUGAACUGAGCUAGAAUCGUUUUUAAUAAUGAUAAUUGUAAUUUAUAUACGAAAUAGAAUAAAACUGAAUGCCGAACUGAUAAA